AUGAGGCUGAUUAACCCAUACCUUGGUAAAAUCAAAGGUCACAAGUUAUACGUUGACAACUACUACACCUCACCUAUUUUAUUUCAUGACUUAUACCAGAAAAAGACGGGGGCAUGUGGAACGUUACGCACCAACAGAAGAGGCAUUCCCGCGGAUCUGAAGACUGUAAAACUGAAAAAAGGAGAAAGUGUGGCAAUGACCAAUGGAACCCUUCAGCUCCUGAAAUGGAAGGACAAAAGGGACGUCCACAUGUGUACAACAAUACUUGAUGCUUCAUUUGUUGAUGUACCUGGACGAGUGGACCGCACGACAGGGGAACAAAUUCGAAGACCAACAUGCAUUGUAGCAUAUGACAAACACCUGGGAGCAGUUGAUCGCUGUGACCAGAUGAUCACCUACCCGGCCUUCAAACGCAGGAUGCUGAAAUGGUGGAAAAAAGUGUUUUUUCAUCUGCUAAUGAUGGCCACCCUGAAUGCCUACCUGUUGUACAAGGAACAUUGUGCAAAAUGGAGGAAAAAACCAGUUUUGCACAGGAUUUUCCGAAGGGAAGUUGUGAAGGCACUUAUUGGUGAGACCAGCCUUCAACCAGUAACUGUAAGGGGGGCUGUAAAUCCAAGAGACAUGGAGCGGCUGACUGGGCAUCACUUCCUUUCCAAGAUCAAGCAGAAGGAAAUACAGUCAUCCUAUGAAUGCAGGAUAUGUGAUGUAGGACUGUGCGUAGAUCCUUGUUUUGAAUUGUACCAUACCAAUAAGGACUUCAAACAAGCCUACCAAAGACGUCAGGACCAAAAUGUGGAGUCUGAUGAUUCAGAUUAACUAUGAAUGGAUGUGAU